ACGUCCAAAACUAAUUGUCUAGCCUUGAUCUCUAUAUGUCCUGACCUAAUCGAAUGCUUCAAAAUUCACACAACUUCUUUUUCCUUUCAUUCCAUUCAUAUUCAUCAAAAAAUUUCAGUUAGAAAGAAAAAAUGGUUCUUUCUCAAAAGCUUCACGAAGCUUUCAAAGGCACUGUAGAGAGAAUCACAGGCCCAAGAACCGUUUCCGCUUUCAAAGAAAAAGGAGUUCUUAGCGUCUCCGAGUUCAUCGUCGCCGGUGAUAAUCUCGUUGCUAAAUGCCCCACUUGGUCAUGGGAAUCGGGUGAGCCAAGCAAGAGGAAGCCAUAUUUACCAUCUGAGAAACAAUUCUUGAUUACUAGAAAUGUCCCUUGUCUGCGGAGAGCUGCAUCUAUUGAAGAAGAAUAUGAAGCUGCCGGAGGGGAAGUUCUACUUGAUGAUGAAGAGAAUGAUGGAUGGCUAGCAACUCAUGGAAAACCUAAAGAAACUAAAUCCGACGAAGAUGAGAACUUACCUUCCAUGGAAACUUUAGAAAUUAGUGAAAAGAGUUCUAUGAAGCCAAUUUCUUCCUUCAAGGAAGGUGAGGACGAUGAAGAUAUACCUGAUAUGGCAGAGUUUACAGAAUAUGACAACAUUAUUGAGACUGAUCCGUCCACAUAUCUAGUAGCUCAUGAACCUGAUGAUGAUAAUAUUCUGCGUACCCGCACUUAUGACAUCAGCAUCUCGUAUGAUAAGUAUUAUCAAACACCUCGUGUGUGGCUUACCGGAUAUGAUGAGUCAAGAAUGCUAUUGCAACCUGAACUUGUCCUUGAAGAUGUUAGUCAAGACCAUGCACGCAAAACGGUAACAAUUGAGGACCACCCUCACUUGCCUGGAAAACAUGCAUCUAUUCAUCCUUGUCGUCAUGGAGCAGUGAUGAAGAAAAUCAUUGAUGUUUUGAUGUCACGAGGAGUUGAGCCUGAAGUUGACAAGUAUCUGUUUUUAUUCUUGAAAUUUAUGGCUUCGGUUAUUCCAACAAUCGAGUAUGAUUACACCAUGGACUUUGAUCUUGGAAGCUCCAGCAAUUGACUAAGGUAAUUCGGAUUCUUAUUGUACCAGAAUGGGAAUUCAAGAUGCAUCCUCUCGUUACCACUAUGAGGUGAACUGAACUUGUGAUGUUAAGAUUCUAUUGAUGAUUUAUACUUGUUUUUCUUUACACAAGGUAGCUGCAUGUUCAAGUAUAACACGAGCAUAAUCUCUCUUACCAAAUCUUUCUUUGUUUCCGCGCUACAUUAAAACUGUGAAUAAUCUAAUCUGUGAUCAUAACACAGUUAUUGUAAAGUUUGGUCUUUUGAGUCGUCGCUGUCUAGAAUUUGGACAAAUUUCCUUUUGAGAUGUGUACAUAUUUGACAUUCCA